UGACGUUCCACCAGAUAAAAUGAUGACUGGUGUAGUGAGGAGUGGAAAAAUGCGUGUCUUAAUUGGUUUACGAAAAUUACUGUCUAGUUCUCGUUCUGAAUGUUUUCGAAGUCAUUCAUUGCGACACAAGAGCAGUGGUCCAUCAACUGGUUCCUCGUCAGAAGAAAUUUGUAAUAUAUCACUGACUGAUUCAGUUCCAGGUCUUCCAAAGCCAGUUUAUGCUAGUGUAGCAGAUCAUAAGCAAGAUUCUACCAGCAUUACAACAUUAAAUAAUGGUCUGCGUGUAGCAUCUCAAAACAAAUUUGGACAGUUUUGUACAGUAGGAGUUGUCAUUGACUCAGGUUCGAGAUACGAAGUUGCUUAUCCUAGCGGAAUCUCUCACUUUCUGGAAAAAUUGGCUUUUAAUUCAACAAGAGAUUUUCCCGAUAAAGAUGCAAUUCUUCAAGAAUUGGAAAAGCAUGGUGGUAUUUGUGACUGCCAAGGUUCAAGAGAUACCAUGAUUUAUGCUGCUUCAGCAGAUUCCCGUGGAUUGGAGCCAGUCAUCAAACUGUUGGCUGAUGUUGUCUUAAGACCAAAGAUAACAGCAGAAGAGGUGAAUGUAGCACAACAAACUGUCAAGUUUGAUCUAGAGGACAUGGAACUUAGACCUGACCAGGAACCAAUUCUGUUUGAGAUGGUUCAUGCUGCAGCAUACCAAAACAACACACUUGGUUUACCAAAGAUCUGCCCACCAGAAAAUAUUGAAAUUAUAAACAGAAAUGUUCUCUUCACGUACUUGAAGCAUUAUUACACACCGUCACGUAUGGUUGUUGCAGGGGUAGGAGUGGAUCAUGAAGCUUUGGUUGAUUGUACACAAAAGUACUUCGAACAAGAAAAACCUGUCUGGGAAGAAGAUCCAAAAUUAGUUAUAGAUACCAGAAUACAAGCUGAUAAAUCAAUAUCUCAAUAUACAGGAGGAAUGAUACAAAUUGAAAAGGAUUUGUCAAAUGUAAGUCUAGGUCCAACUCCAAUACCAGAAUUGGCCCAUUUAGUGCUAGGGCUGGAGAGUAGUUCUCACCAAGAUCCAGACUUCAUACCUUUUUGUGUACUGAACAUGAUGAUGGGAGGAGGGGGAUCAUUUUCCGCUGGUGGGCCUGGAAAAGGAAUGUACACUCGUCUGUACACAAAUGUGUUAAAUAGGCAUCACUGGAUGUACAAUGCUACUGCUUACAACCAUGCUUAUAAUGACAGUGGAAUAUUCUGUAUUCAUGCAGGUGCUCAUCCAUCUCAGCUAAAAGAUUUGGUGGAGGUGAUAGUAAUGGAAUUCACAAAGAUGACGGGAAGAAUAUCAGAGGAUGAGCUGAACCGAGCAAGGAAACAGCUUCAGUCAAUGCUCAUGAUGAAUUUAGAGUCCCGUCCAAUCAUGUUUGAAGACAUUGGAAGACAAGUUUUAGCUACAGGACACCGAAAACCUCCUGAAUUUUUCAUGGACGAAAUAGGUAAAGUAACAGAAGAAGACAUCAGAAGAGUAGCCCACCGUAUGCUUCGAAGUAAACCAGCAGUAGCAGCUUUAGGAGAUCUUAAAAAACUGCCAGCUUAUGAAGAUAUAGAAACUGGGCUUUUGAAUAAAGAAGGUCGAUUACCUAAAAAGUUUUCUUUGUUUCGAUGAAGUUACCACCUAUACCAACAGUGAUGAUAUUUGUAGAGGGUGUCUAAGAGACUGACUAGCUGCUUUUGUUAUAGAUACCAUGUUAUUACCAAAUCUUAAUCAUCUGUUCUAAAUGAAGUUCCAAAAUGUGGAACAAGAAAGUUGGUUGUUUGUAUCAUCUGGUAACCUCUAUGCUGUGUAAUGUAAUAUAGGAAUGUAGCAGUUUGUACAUCAGUUAGUGUUUUAUGAUAUGCCAGACUUCUCUUAACAUGUAGCUUGCAUCCUAAUUUUAGUUUUAACUGCCAUUAAACCACAACAAGUCUUGAGGAAGCUAUACUUAUUUGCUCUUUGAAUAUAAAGCAGGUUGAUGUACAAAUACUGACAAAAAGAUCAGUAUUUAAAUAUUAAGUUUAUUUGAUCAUGUUGAUUUCUACCAGUAUAUAUUUUGUAGUUGUAUUUUUCAGCUAUUAUAUCUAUGGGACACCUUAUAUAAAGAUUCACUGUUGUUUAGUCAUACUGAAUUGUCAUCAUCAUCAAAUAUUCUUAUAAUAAUGUCUCAAGUUGAAGAAAGUUUGAUAUAUGUAUUUAUGACAUAAUUAAAUGAUGUAUUCAUAUUACACUUGGCCGUUUCAUUGUUUGUAAUGCUUAUGUAAGUUUCUUAAGCACAUAGAACUUCCUGGACAAUGUGACAAGUUUUUACCAUCUUAUGGUGCAGAAUGUGUUCACCCAUUUAAUAAUUAUCAUUAAAAUGACAUUUGAUUACAUGCUUAUUAUUUUGUCACAUUCCUCCAAAUUGGUCCUUUGUGUACGUAUUCUGGUACUAAAUGUCAUCUUUGGUCAUGUUCAACAGUUACAGUGCCCGUUAUUUGAUAUUAAAUGGUUUCUGAAUGUGUUUGGUAUUAAUAUCCACUGUCUACGUUAUGAUAUUAAAUGUCGAUUGUGGACAUGAUCUAGUAUUAUAUAUAUAUUUUUAUGGUAUUAUAAGAAAGAAUUCAUGGGGUUGUAAUAGACAAACUGCAGAUGUGUUGUGGUAUAAAGUGGUAUCAGUGUGCACUGUGGUCCUGUUCUGGUAUUACAGUGUCCACUGUGGAAGUGUUUUAGUAUUAAACAUCAAAUACAGAUAAGUUACUGUAUUAAGUUAAAGUUGCCCUGUGAUUAUGGUGAACAAUGAUUUAGAAAUUGUAACUUUAUAUGUCUUGCUUGAAAUCUUCAAUGUGCUAAUUAGGAGGAAUGUGGCAAAAAAACAUCUCCAGUUAAAUGUCAUAGUGAUCACAAUUGUUGGUUGUAAUAAUGUUAACUCUUAGUGUAUGUUGAUGUUCACCAAAGAACAGUAUAUGUUAGUCAUUAUCAUUACCUCUUCAAAAUAUGAGGUAUUAAUUGCAAGGGUUUUAACUACUUAAAAGUAUCAAGUAUAUGUUAAUUGAAUUCUGUCAUCUUACAAUAUUGUAUGGUACAAUACAUCAUGCUAAAUGUUUUAUAUGCGUUUUACAAACGUACCUGUUAAAAUAUUGGCUCCAUUACUGUGGGUUAAUAAUUGCAACCAUGAAAUUCAUCAUUCAGGGAUACUUUUGAACUCUCUUUAAAAUUUCAAAAGUCCAUAGAGCACAGAUACAAUGAAUUGAAUUAAACACAGUUUCCAGAUUUUACUUCUUCUCUUUGGUUUAUUCGAAAGUCAAACAAUAUUAAUUGUUACAUGAAAUAUGUUUCAAGAUAUUUUGUCAAGUAAUUAUUUUCAUUUACUUUAAUAUAAAGUUGAAUAUGUAAUUUUUUUCUUCCUUUAUGAAUUUACACAGAAAAUUUAACUAAAAACACUUGUAUGAGUGAAAGUUAAAAUUCCAGUCCAGUUCUGUUGAUGUGGUAGUAGAAUUAUGUUCAGUGAAAAAAUGUGUUUACUUUUUUGGUAUAUUAGGAACUGAUAGAUCCAAUGUAAUGACUAGAAAUUGCUACAUUUGUUUGCAGUGCAGAAUGGUAAGUAUUAACUAAAUCUAGAGAAUGUAAAAUAAAACCACCAAAAGCACAGGACUAUGAAAUUACUAGAAACCAAUUGAAACUAUGAAAAGCUGCCAUUAACUAAACAAAUCACAGAAAAGAAAAAAAUUCCAUUUACUUUUUAUUAUACAGAAUCACUUUACUGAAAACGUUAUUUAUAAGCAAUAAAUUUAUUUCAAUAGUGCAAGUACUCGUAUCUCCCAAAUAACUCGAGUGUCACAAUAUUCAGAUUUGGUGGAGUCAAGGAAGUUUUAAAUGAACUCUUAGUACUUUUCUAAAAAAAAAAAAGUGUUUAAAUGUUCUUACUGUAUUUUAGAUAAGGUUUCCUAUAUGCAAAAGACUUGCUGAUAUUUUAUACAGGUAUGGGAAGAACAUUUUUUAGUUCUUCAGAGUACUUAUUAAAAACAAAAAGGCAAGUAAGAUGAUUUUUCUGAAGAUUGCUUAUCACAACAAACAUUGCUCUAUUCAGCAUGUUUGUACAUACUUCAAAAAGUUCUACAAACCAUGUAUGAAAUAUUUGUACAUGCAUAGAGCAGCUUUAUAGAUCUGGUUUGGAAUAUUAGUGUAUACAUAAAAAUAGUUUAUAAAACUGUUUGGCACGUUCUUUUGUAUAAAAACUGUGAUAAGUGAAGAGAUUUUGGAACAGUGUAAAAGGGCACCAGGUUUUUAUCAUAUGUGGAUCUAUAACUUAUGAACAGAACCUCUACAUUGAAGCUUGAAAAUAAAAACCAUAAUGCAGCA